UCUGGAGAGAGUAUUGCGAUGUUUGGUUUCCAAGAAUCCUUCCUCUUGGAGCCAACAACUUUCUAUGGUGGAGUACGCCCACAACUCGUUACCAGUGUCAGCUAUGGGCCUUACUCCGUUUGAGUGUAGUUUAGGUUACCAGCCACCAGUUUUUGCCAGUACGGAAUCCGAAGUCGCGGUCCCCUCCGCUCACGCCUUCGUCCAGAGGUGUCACCACACUUGGACUAGAGCCCGUGAGACUCUUCUCCAAGUGGGGGCGCACACCAAGGCCAAGGGCGAUCGCCACCGGUCAAAGCCUCCCGUAUACGUCGUCGGUCAAAAAGUGUGGCUUUCUACCAAGAACAUUCCUCUCCGCUCCGUCUCUAAUAAGCUUGCCCCAAAAUUUAUUGGCCCGUUUCCUGUCACCAAGAUCAUUAGUCCGGUGACAGUCCGCCUCAAACUUCCUCCUACGUACAGGAGAAUUCACCCCGCCUUCCGUGUAUCAAAGAUCAAACCCGUGUUUUGGGCACCCAUUAAUCCGCCUGUCCCGGUUCCUCACCCGCCGCGUCUCGUAGAUGGGGAACCUACUUAUUUGGUUAGUCGUAUUCUGGACUCGAGAAGGAGGGGACGCGGAUUUCAGUACCUGAUGGACUGGGAGGGUUACGGUCCGGAGGAGAGAAGUUGGGUUCCUGCUAGAGACAUUCUGGGUCACUCUCUGAUCGAUGAUUACAAUCGUCAGCAUGCUGUUGUGUGUGUGUCUGUGGGCGUGGUCACUGAUCAGCGAUGAUCAGCAGCGCCAGCUGGUUUCAAUUGUUUGUUCCCUAUGUAAGUUCAGUAACUUGUGUUUCAUGUUGUCAGAUCGUUGUUUCUCCCCGGUGUGCUCCCGUACCUGUUCCUGU